CUGUUGGUCGGCAACGUAACUUAGCCCAACUUGUUCCUCUUAAACCCUUCAUUAACGAGACAAAAAGCCACGACUUGUUCAAGGCACAUUCCAGAAGCCAACGCCAGAAGCAAAAACAAGAGUCUUCUCUGGGUUUCUGAACAUUCUAUAGCAUGGAUUCGGCGAAGAAGAGCGUUGUACUUUCUUUUACAGACGAAAAAGUUCUUGCUGUGAGUUCUGUUUUAAUUGCAAUAAAGGAGCUAGGGGAUGAAGCUGUGGAAAACUGUGAUCCUCACAUUGUCACUCAAGCAUCUUCUAUAAGUCAGUUGCCAAUGGAGUCCUCCUCUGUUGACAUUGUUAUAUCAAUUUGUGCUUCACUUGAGUUUCCUGAUGAUUCGAUGCUUGGGGAUUCUUUGAGAGUUCUGAAGCCUGGUGGAACGAUUCUGCUUUACAAGAGUUUCAAAUCUUAUGAAGGGAAUGCUCAUAAGGCAUUCUUGGCUCUUGAGCGAAAGUUAUUGUUAGCUGGAUUUCUAGAAGCAGUUUGUCUUGAAGUAAAAUCAAUUGUCCCAGCAGAAGAUGUUUGCUCGUUUAUGGUGAAGGGUAAGAAGCCUUCUUGGACAGUUGGGUCCUCUUUCCCUUUGAAGAAGGCCCCUAAAAGUUUAUUGAAAGUUCAGUUGGAUGAUGACUCUGAUUUGAUUGAUGAAGACUCUCUCUUAACUGAAGAGGAUUUGGAGAAACCACAGUUACCACCUGUUGGUGAUUGUGAAGUUGGAAGUACAAGGAAAGCUUGCAAAAACUGCACUUGUGGAAGGGCUGAGGCUGAGGAGAAAGUAGAGAAGUUAGGACUCACUAUGGAUCAGCUGGAAAAUCCUCAGUCAGCAUGUGGAAAUUGUGGAUUAGGGGAUGCUUUUCGAUGCAGUACAUGCCCAUACAAAGGUCUUCCACCAUUCAAACUAGGAGAAAAGGUAUCGCUCUCUAGCAACUUUCUUGCAGCAGACUUUUAAAUACAAAGUUAUGGGUGGUGUUUCGCAUCAUGUGUUUGUGGGUUAUGGAUUAUUAGCAAUAGGCGCAACUAAUGUAAUGUAAUAAUUUUGAGUAUUUCGAUUGUGGUUCGUUCAUUUUGCAUAUUCUUUGCAGUGCAAUUGUAUUUUUAACUGAAAGACAACUAAUUGAAGUAGAUGAUUUCUUUUUCUUGAA